GUCCCAGCCGCUUGGCCUCCAAUCCAUCAAGAAAUUGGACCUAUUUUACCUGAUACUUUUCCAAGCUUAUCUUCCGAUCUCGACUUAUUUCUUUUCGCACAUCCUAGAACCAUGUAUAUUGCUCUUGGGACUGUUUUAUUUACUACUCCUAAAAAUUACGCUAUUCUUUUACAGUCCGCUCUUGAAUUAAUUAAUCGAAAUAUUAUUGAUGGUGUAAUUUGGGCAACUAUAAAUUUUAAUGAAUCAGAACUACCUUCGACAAUUAAUCUUUCUACUGGCGAUGUCAUACCUACUUCAAAUCUCUUAAAUAAUUUACAUCCACAUGUUUAUAUAACAAAGUAUGCUCCUCAAUUUGCUAUACUUUCUCAUGAGAAUACUAAAAUAUUUUUAAGUCAUGGUGGUGUAAGUAGUAGUCAUGAAUCUAUAUAUACUGCUACUCCAAUGUUAGUACUUCCAAUUGCUUUUGAUCAACCUGGAAAUGCUGAAAGAUUGGAACUUGCUGGAAUGGCUUUAAAACUUUCAAAACUUGAUCUAAAAGUUGAUGAUAUUAUAUCAAAAGUCGUAAAAUUAUUGAGUGAAGAAAGUUUUAAGACGAAUGCGAAAAGGCUGCAAGUGUUGGCAAAAUUUAAUAGUAAAAGAAAGUAUAGAGGUGCUGAUUUAAUCGAAAUAAUGUUGAAUAUGGCAAAAUACGAUGGUAUUAGAAAUGAAAAUAAUGAACUAGAGGUAAACAUUGAGUCCUUGUUAAGAUGUUGGAUUACUCCUGAUUCAAGAAUGGGUUUUUUUAGAGGAAAUUAUUUGGACGUCUUUGGUGCCGCUGUGAUAAUUGCUUUAGCGUUGAUUAGUAGUCUUGGUUAUGGUUUUUACAAAUCUAUUAUGUUAGCUUUCGAAAAAUGGUGUCUCAGAAGUAGGAGUUUCUCAAAGACUAAGAAUGAAUAA